ACCACCGCCGCCACCAUGGAGGCCAUCAAGAAGAAGAUGCAGAUGCUGAAGCUGGACAAGGAGAACGCCCUGGACCGGGCGGAGCAGGCCGAGGCCGAGCAGAAGCAGGCGGAGGAGAGGAGCAAGCAGCUGGAGGACGAACUGGCCGCCAUGCAGAAGAAGCUGAAAGGGACGGAAGACGAACUGGACAAAUACUCGGAGGCCCUGAAAGACGCGCAGGAGAAGCUCGAGUUGGCGGAGAAGAAGGCGGCGGACGCUGAGGCAGAAGUGGCGUCCCUGAACCGCCGCAUCCAGCUGGUGGAGGAAGAGCUGGAUCGGGCCCAGGAGCGCCUGGCCACCGCCCUGCAGAAGCUGGAGGAAGCCGAGAAGGCGGCCGACGAGAGCGAAAGGGGCAUGAAGGUGAUUGAGAACAGGGCCCUGAAGGACGAGGAGAAGAUGGAGCUGCAGGAGAUCCAGCUCAAGGAGGCCAAGCACAUUGCCGAGGAGGCCGACCGGAAGUAUGAGGAGGUGGCCCGGAAGCUGGUCAUCAUCGAAGGAGACUUGGAGCGUACCGAGGAGAGGGCUGAGCUGGCAGAAUCCAAAUGCUCAGAGCUGGAAGAGGAGCUGAAGAAUGUCACCAACAACCUCAAGUCGCUUGAGGCUCAGGCCGAGAAGUACUCUCAAAAGGAGGACAAAUAUGAAGAGGAGAUCAAGAUCUUGACCGACAAACUCAAGGAGGCCGAGACCCGUGCCGAGUUUGCGGAGAGAUCAGUAGCCAAACUGGAGAAGACCAUUGAUGACUUGGAAGAUAAACUGAAGUGCACCAAAGAGGAGCAUCUCUGCACGCAGCGGAUGUUGGACCAGACCCUGCUGGACCUGAACGACAUGUAAAGGGGCCGAGCGCACGCCGCCCUCCCCUCCCCUUGUCGCCCUCCAUUGCCUUUCUAGCCUCCCGGGCAGCGGCCUUCUUUCUGCCGGGAGGCCAGCUCUGUCUUAAAAAUAUAUAGAGAGAGAGGAGAAAAGGAAAGUAAAACUAAAAAAAUACAUAAUAAUAAGCGGCCUGUCACCCUUGCAAAAGCAGGGAGAAGGCUCCGAGGUGUAAACAUUCCAGUGUCCGUUGCCAACUUGACCCCGAAGUCUCUGCCAAUUCCGAUUCCCAGGCCACGCUUUGGCUGCGGGACCCAAACACCAGGCGGUCACAGUGCGGGGAGUAGAGGGUGUCCCAGAGGGAUGCUCCUUGAUAGUCAUGGGUCUCCUUUCUUUCCUCCUUUCCCCCUUUCCCUUUCCUGGAAAUGGCCGUACGCUAUUUUUUGUCAUGCCGGAGCUUGCAAGCGGUUGGCUUUGAAGGUUUCCCGGUGUUUCCCAGCUCCCCUUUCGCACAUUGAGUUGUAUGGCUGGCCAGGUCCAUUCCAAGUUGUGGCUUUGGCCCUCAGUGCCCUGCCUGGUGGAAGCCACCCUUCCUUCCUUCCUUCCUUCCUUCCUUCCUUCCUUCCUUCCUUCCUUCUUUCCUUCUCUUCUUCCUUCCCUCUUUCGUUCUUUCUUUUUCUUUCUUUCCUUCCUUCUCUCUCUUUCUUGCUUUCCCUCCUUCCUUCCUUCCUCCUUCUUCUCUUUCUUUCUUUCUCUCCUUCCUUCCUUCCUUCCUUCCUUCCUUCCUUCCUUCCUUCCUUCUCUUUCUCUCCUUCCUUCUCUCUUUCUUUCUUUCCUUCUCUCUCUUUCUUGCUUUCCCUCCUUCCUUCCUCCUUCUCUUCCUUUCUUUCUCUCCUUCCUUCCUUCUUUCUCUUUCUUUCCUUCCUUCUCUCUUUCUCUCCCUCCUUCCUUCCUUCUCUUUUUCCUUCCUUUCUUUCGUUCUUUCUUUCUCUCCUUCUUUCUUUCUCUUCCUUCUUUUUCUCUCCCCUUCCUAUUUUUCUCCUUCCUUCUCUUCUUUCUUUCUUUCUUUCUCUUUUCUCUCCUUCCUUCCUUCCUGAUCCUCCCAGGGAGAACCCAGCACAAAAACCAAGCCCUCCUUGACCUCCUUUGGGUCCGAGGACGUGGUUUUGGUUCCUUUCUUUGCCAAAAGACAAACAAGAGGGGUUGGGAAAGGUGCACCGCAAGCACACACACACAGACACAUAUUUUUGUGGUUUUUAACGCUGUUUCUAUGAUGGGAUGGGGUGGGCAGGGAAAACGCAUCUGUGUCAAAUUGUCUAUCAGGUUUUUAAAGUGAUCAUAUUUCUCUCUCGCUCUCGGCACGCUUCUUAACCGUGGUUGUUCCUCGCGCACCUCUUGCUUUGUCCCUUUCCGGGCGUUCUUUCCUUCUUCCGCAGCCUGUCUGUCUGUCGGCCGGGAAACGGGGGGAGCUCUUCCGCCCUCGGCCUCCGCGGAGCGUCCUUUUUCGGGGCGGAAGGGGCCGGGCUUCUUCCCCGACCCGCCUCCUCGCUCUCGGCUGCCCGGUCUUAGCGUCUUGAUACAAAAAGGGAAUCCCGGCGAGCGGGAUGCCCGAGGCCUGGCUUGCCUUUCUGUCCCUUUGGGGCCUGGAGGAGGAGGAGGAGGCAGAGCGGGCUGUGGAGAAACCAGGAAAAACCAUAUCAAGUGUUUUGAUACUAAAACAAACAAACGAAAAGAACUUUUUGUCUUUUAUUGUCUUUUUUUGGUUGUUUUGGAAAUAAUAAACGGAAGCAUUCCCUCGAUUGUC